AUGUCCGGCUGGGAAGUCCGUUUCUCAAACUCGCGCAAGCUCCCUUACUUUUACAACCAGUCCUCAAACGAGUCCACAUGGGAACCACCCCACGGCAUGACUGAGGACCAGGUCCGCGCUCUCCCUGGCGCCCAGUACCUCCAGCAGUCCGGCGGUCGUCCCGAUGGCCAGGUCCGCGCUAGCCACAUUCUCGCAAAGCACACUGGCUCCCGCCGUCCUUCGAGCUGGAAGCAGGCCAACAUCACCCGCACCCUCCCCGAGGCCCGCGCCCAGAUCCAGGCUCAUGUCGACCGCCUCCAGUCGCUCCCUCCCGACCAGAUGGCUUCCGAGUUUGCCAAGAUUGCCGCUGUCGACAGCGACUGCUCGAGCGCCAAAAAGGGCGGCGACCUCGGCUGGUUCGGCCACGGAAUGAUGCAGAAGAGCUUCGAGGACGCUACCUACGCCCUCCAGCCGGGACAGCUGAGCCCGCUCAUCGAGUCCGACUCGGGCGUGCACGUCAUCCUCCGCACUGGAUGA